AUGAGGCCGCCCCUUGGCACCGGGAGGCUGGUCCUGCCCAAGGGGGUCACUGGGCCCAUCAGGCCGGGGAAGUCUGGCCCUCGUACCCGGUGGCUUUGGCUGGAGCAGGACUGUGGGCUGGGUGGGGCCAAUGGGUGGCACCCAUUCCUGGUCACAGCAUUGGCUGCCCAGGUGCCAGGUGUGGUGGGUGGGGAGGAGGAGAGCCGGGCGUGCGGGCUUGCGGGUGCCAGGCUGUGGGCACCUUCACUGCUCCUGGACAGCAGCUGCAUGUCUGGGCCCCAGGGAGAAAGCCGGCAGGUAGGAGCCCCAGGCCGCCCGCCCCCAGGUGGGAGCGGGAGUGGGGCGCCCUCCUCCCCAGCCACAGCCUGGCUCUCGCCUCCGUGUCCUCCUCUGGACCCUGGGAAGAGUCCCGCCUUCCUGGGGCUGCAGGGGGACCGUCCCUCUGCGGUUCCCCUGGUGGCCUCUGACCAGGCGUGGCCGUCUGCCCCAUCCCCUGCCAAGCAAGAGCCCCCGGUGCCUCUGCUGCUGGGGCUGGAGGUCUUGCCUCCAUUCUCCCUGUCGGCCAUGGGGAUGUCUGGCCUCCAGAACCACAGGAGGAUCAACCCCUCUUGUUUCAAGAUUCCCGGUUGGUGGUCAUUCGUUAUGGCCACCCUGGGACACUCCUGCAGUGACAACCCAGAGGGCGGCGGCGCCGAGCUCCUGAGCCAUGUACACAGGCCUCACCUGCUCACCUGCUGCGCCCCCACCCCCUGCCCGGGCACCAGGCACACCCAGGGUCCCAUCCGUGCCCUGGCUGACGGGGGUGAGGGACAGGUGGGCUGCAAGACCUCCGCUGUCUUUUGGGGCUUCCAGGACCCCCCCCGCCAAAGCCUCGGCAGAAGCAGGGACGGGCGCGGCCAGCUCGUGGCGCCCAGGGAGGGAGAGGGCCCCAUGCAGGGUGCCGGCGACAGACAGGGCCCGGGCCUGUGCCGGGGCGAGAUCGAGUUUGGAGGGUGUGGGAAGAAGCGAGGCAAGUUCGUGAAGGUGCCCAGCGGCGUGGCCCCGUCUGUGCUCUUCAACCUCCUGCUGGCCGAGUGGCACCUGCCGGCCCCCAACCUGGUGGUGUCGCUGGUGGGCGAGGAGCGGCCUUUCGCCCUGAAGCCCUGGCUGCGGGAUGUGCUUCGCAAGGGGCUGGUGAAGGCGGCUCAGAGCACAGGAGCCUGGAUCCUGACCAGCGCCCUUUGCGUGGGCCUCGCCCGGCACGUCGGGCAGGCUGUGCGCGACCACUCGCUGGCCAGCACGUCCACCAAGGCCCGUGUGGUGGCCAUUGGCAUCGCCUCACUGGGCCGCGUGCUGCACCGUCAGCUUCUGGACGAUGCCCAGGAGAACAGCCCUGUCCACUACCCCACGGACAACGGUGGCACCCAGGGCCCCCUCUGCUCCCUGGACAAGAACCACUCACACUUCAUCCUGGUGGAGCCGGCGCCCCCCGGGAAGGGUGAAGAGCCCACGGAGCUGCGGCUGCGGCUAGAGAAGCACAUCUCGGAGCAGAGGACCGGCUACGGAGGCACCAGCAGCAUCGAGAUCCCCGUCCUCUGUCUGCUGGUCAACGGUGACCCCAGCACCCUGGAGAGGAUAUCCAGGGCCGUGGAGCAUGCUGCCCCGUGGCUGAUCCUGGCGGGCUCUGGGGGCAUCGCCGAUGUGAUCGCUGCCCUGGUGAACCAGCCCCACCUCCUGGUGCCCCAAGUGGCCGAGAAGCAGUUUAGAGAGAAGUUCCCCGGUGAGCACUUCUCCUGGGAGGACGUCGUGCACUGGACAGAACUGCUGCAGAACAUCACCUCCCACCCGCACCUGCUCACCGUGCAUGACUUCGAGCAGGAGGGCUCCGAGGAACUGGACACGGUCAUCCUCAAGGCGCUGGUGAAAGCCUGCAAGAGCCACAGUCAGGACGCACAGGACUACCUGGACGAGCUGAAGCUGGCCGUGGCCUGGGACCGUGUGGACAUCGCCAAGAGUGAGAUCUUCAACGGGGACGUGGAGUGGAAGUCCCGCGACCUGGAGGAGGUGAUGAUGGACGCACUGGUGAGCAACAAGCCCGAGUUUGUGCGCCUCUUUGUGGACAACGGCGCCGACGUGGCGGACUUCCUAACCUACGGGCGGCUGCAACAGCUCUACCGCUCAGCGCCCCCCAAGAGCCUGCUCUUCGACCUGCUGCAGCGCAAGCACGAGGAGGGCCGCCUGACACUGGCUGGGCUGGGCACCCAGCAGGCCCGGGAGCCGCCCACGGGGUCGCCCGCCUUCUCCCUGCAUGAGGUGUCGCGGGUGCUCAAGGACUUCCUGCACGACGCCUGCCGCGGCCUCUACCAGGCGGUGAGCGCUGGGCGGUGGCGGGGCUGGGCAGGGUCACGGCUGUGGGCUGACACCCCCAUCCUCCAGGAGCGGGGCCCGGCCCGGCGGCCCACGGGCCAGAAGGCGCUGCUGGACAUGAACCAGAGGAGCGAGAAGCCCUGGCGGGACCUGUUCCUCUGGGCGGUGCUGCAGAACCACCACGAGAUGGCCACCUACUUCUGGGCCAUGGGCCAGGAGGGGGUGGCAGCAGCCCUGGCGGCCUGCAAGAUCGUCAAAGAGAUGUCCCACCUGGAGACGGAGGCCCAGGCGCGCCGUGCCCUUCGCGACGCCAAGUAUGAGCAGCUGGCCCUGGACCUCUUCUCCGAGUGCUACCGCAACAGCGAGGAGCGGGCCUUCGCCCUGCUGGUGCGCCGGAACCGCUGCUGGAGCAGGACCACCUGUCUGCACCUGGCCACCGAGGCCGACACCAAGACCUUCUUUGCCCACGACGGGGUGCAGGCCUUCCUGACCAAGAUCUGGUGGGGGGACAUGGCCUUGGGCACAUCCAUCCUGCGGCUGCUGGGCACCUUCUUCUGCCCGGCCCUCGUCUACACCAACCUCAUCACCUUCAGUGAGGAGGCCCCACUGAGGACAGGCCCGGAGGACCUGCAGGAGCUGGACAGCCUGGACACGGAGAAGACCCUGCUCUGUGGCCCAGGCGGCCGGGCGGAGGAACUGGCCGUGGCGUCGAGGACUGAGAGCCGCCGAGGCCCACGGGCCGCCUUCCUGCUCACGCGCUGGCGGAAGUUCUGGGGGGCGCCCGUGACCGUGUUUCUGGGGAACGUGGUCAUGUACUUUGCGUUCCUCUUCCUGUUCACCUACGUCCUGCUGGUGGACUUCAGGCCCCCUCCGCAGGGGCCAUCGGGGGCUGAGGUCACGCUGUACUUCUGGGUCUUCACGCUGGUGCUGGAGGAGAUCCGGCAGGGCUUCUUCACAGACGAGGACACGCACCUGGUGAAGAAGUUCACGCUCUAUGUGGAGGACAACUGGAACAAGUGUGACAUGGUGGCCAUCUUCCUGUUUCUCGUUGGUGUCACCUGCAGGAUGCUGCCCUCGGUGUUUGAGGCCGGCCGCGCGACCCUCGCCAUCGACUUCAUGGUGUUCACGCUGCGGCUUAUCCACAUCUUCGCCGUCCACAGGCAGCUGGGUCCCAAGAUCAUCAUUGUGGAGCGGAUGAUGAAGGACGUCUUUUUCUUCCUCUUCUUCCUGAGCGUGUGGCUCGUGGCCUACGGCGUGACCACCCAGGCACUGCUGCACCCUCACGACGGCCGCCUGGAGUGGAUCUUCCGCCGCGUGCUCUACCGGCCGUACCUGCAGAUCUUCGGGCAGAUCCCGCUGGACGAGAUCGAUGAAGCCCGUGUGAACUGCUCCGUGCACCCCCUGCUGCUGGAGGACGCGCCCUCCUGCCCCAACCUCUACGCCAACUGGCUGGUCAUCCUCCUGCUAGUCACCUUCCUGCUGGUCACCAACGUGCUGCUCAUGAACCUUCUCAUCGCCAUGUUCAGCUACACGUUCCAGGUGGUGCAGGGCAACGCGGACACCUUCUGGAAGUUCCAGCGCUACCACCUCAUCGUGGAGUACCAGGAGCGGCCCGCCCUGGCCCCGCCCUUCAUCCUCCUCAGCCACCUGAGCCUGGUGCUCAAGAGGCUCUUCCAGAAGGAGGCCCCGCAGAAGCGGGCGCGCCUGGAGAGGGACCUGCCAGAGCCCCUGGACCAGAAGAUGGUCACCUGGGAGGCGGUGCAGAAGGAGAACUUCCUGAGCCAGCUGGAGAAGCGGAGGAAGGACAGCGGGGAGGAGCUGCUGCGGAGGACGGCCCACAGGGUGGACUUUGUAGCCAAGUACCUUGGGGGCCUGAGAGAACAGGAGAGGCGGGUCAAGCGUCUGGAGUCUCAGGUCAACCACUGCACGGUGCUCCUCUCCUCCGUGGCUAACACGCUGGCCCACAGCAGCACCUACUGGAACUCCGAGAACUUCGGUGGUGGGAACCCACAGGCCUCUGCUGACCACGGAGGGGGCCUGUGCAGCCGGGAGCACACAGAGGCUGGCCAGCCGCCCUCCAACGCCUGA